CCCCCCCGGGCAGAAAGCGCCGGCAGCCGCGGCGGGGACGGCCGCGCCGAGGGGACCAUGAGGGCUCCGCUGCUGCUGCCGCUGCUCCCGUUGCUACUCAGCGGUGUCAGCUCUCAGGAUGCUGCAACAACAACCGUCUCAAGCCCAGGAGAAACGAAGAUCAUCACAACCAUGGACACCAGCAAGGUGCAGGUGGCCAACCCUACAACCCCUGUAGGGAAAGCACCAACCACCCUUGCCACCUCACUUCCCACAACUGAAAUGACCACCAAACUGGGAAACCCAUCAUCUUCCUUUCUGCAUCCCAGCACUGCUCAGGGGACCACCCCUACAACCAACCCAACUGGGACAUCAUCUGCAGUAGUUCAAGGCACAACCUCCAUGAACAACCCAGGAAACCCACAACCCACCACCCCAUCACCCCAGCAGCAGCUCAGUUCUUCACCCAGCUCAUCAACAUCUAUCAGUGCUGCAACCUCCAGGGAGUCCCAGCAGAAAGUUACCAUCACCUCUCCAGCCAUCACGGGAAGCACGGCAGCAGCCACGGCAGCAAAUCCCAUCCCCACUCGUGUAAGCAGCCCUCAAGCCACCUCAAGAGGCUUAGGGACCACUGUCUCAUCCUCUCCCAGUGUGGGAGCUCAGGGAAACCAGCCCUCAAACCAGCCAACCAGCACCACUGGGAGCACUGGAGUCUCAGUGAGCAGCAUUUCUCCUGGGUUCAAGGACUACAGUGCCUCUUCUCCCACAUCUGCUGCCAAGCAGCCUCACUCUUCUCCCAGUUCACCAGUCCAGGGACUGGUUUCUUCUACCACACCUGGAAGCAUUGGCACUUCUGUUACUCCUUUUGGGAAACCCAUCUCCCCCACCACUUCACAAUCUGGCAUCAGCAGUGUCUCAGCGGCAGCCACCACGUCGACCCUUGGAGCAGGCCAGGACACUGGAUCAGUGCCAACCAAAUCCCCAAGUGGUGACCAGAAGAGCCCUGCCAGUGCACAGCCAUCAGCCCCAGGGGACCAGACAGCAAGCAGCCAUCCUGGCCACCAGCACCUUAACACUUCUUUCCAGAAUGAGGUCAUCUGUAAAGACCAGGUGCAAAAUAAUUCACCCACCUUGUAUCUGAAAGAAGCAAAAACCUGUGAUGAGUGGAGGGCUGCCAGCAUCACAUCUCCUUCUUUGAAGCUUUCUGCUCAACGGGCCAGCCACACCUUCAAUGCUUCAAGGCGGAACACAUGUCACACAGCACUGGCCGUGCAGGCAGUCAUCCACAUCCCUUGGACCCUGAAAAAGUCCUCGAGGAGCUUGAAGGAGAAGAAGGAGAAGUUAGAUGAGCUUGGCAUUGCCAACAUCACCUCUGACAAAAUGGAGAAGGAGAUGGUGAUCACUGAUGAGUUCAGCACCCUCUGAUUCAUCACCAUUGUCACCCUGGCUGGCUCCCUGCUCCUGGUUGCAGCCAUCUAUGGCUGCUGCCACCAGCGCUUCUCCCAAAAGAAGGACCAGCACAUCCACCCUGAUCUCCCCGGGUUUGAUGAUGGACAUGUGGCCCUGAUCUUUAAUCAGCGCCUGACGGAGGAGCUGCAGACGAUGGAGAACGGGUACCACGACAACCCACGCUGGAAGGUGAUGGAGACCUCCUCUGAGAUGCAGGAGAAGAAGGUGAACCUCAACGGGGAGCUGGGGGACAGCUGGAUCGUUCCUCUUGACACCCUCAUGAAGGAGGACCUGGAGGAAGAGGAGGACACGCAUUUAUAAGAUACUGAGCUCCAUCAAGCAAGAAAACAACCACCACUUCCCUCCCCCCUCCCCCCCCCCAAAAAAACAUCAAAAAAACACCAUAACCCCCUACAACACAACUCCAAAACAAGGCAAAAUUCCCCAACAGCACCCUGAAGAUCCCUGAUGAACUAAAUCACAGCCCCUUGUGUCACCAUGUGGGUGCAGGAUGGAAGAAGAAGGGCAUAAGAGGACACCUCUGGGGCACGUUGUCAACACAAGCCUCCACAGUGGGGCUGCUUCUGAAAGAGCUCCCUCCACCACCCAGGAGUGCUCAGCAGGACCUACCACCCCACACCUUGACCACCAGUGGGGCAAACAGGGUGGCUGUGCUUCCAAAAGCUGCUGGUGUUUUUCCUCUGAGCUUGUCCCCUCCCGACCUGCAGCCUGACAACACCAACUGCAGCCUCCAGCUAUCAAGCAACUAAAACAAAAAACAAGCAAACAAAAUUUUAAAAAUCAAAUGAAUAAAAUGAAAUAAAUGUAAAUGGGAUGGGAGAGGGAGCACAACUCCCAACAGCAAACCAGCACCUGGGCAAUUAGAGCUAGAAAAUCCUCUGGCCCACACGGUUUUAGUCAUCGCUCUGCCCUCCCCGACACGAAACGCCCAGGUAUUUGAGCAGAAAAAAAGCUGGAACAGCCUGUUCCUUGGGAAUCCAGUUUCCAGUUUCCUCCCCAUAAACUGCUUGGCUAAAAGGCACAAGAGCCCCACGUUGUGCCCCCAGGCAAACCAAAGCAUCCAGACCCAGCUGGACGGGGGGUGUGACAGCACCAAGUGAUGCUCGGUCCUGUGUCCCAAGGGACUGCAGGAUGGAUCCUGCUUCCUGGCUGGAAAGCAGGAGAGGUGCAGCAAGCUUCUUGCAUUGAUGCAAAGGGGAGGGAGAGGAAAAGGAGUCAUUUCUUGAGUUCUUUCCUCCCAGGAAAGAUGUGAUGAGCCCAGGCAUGAAGUUGGGGAUUUUAUGGGGCAGGAGCUGAGCUCCGGUGCAGCCCAGCUCUGGUGCUGCAUUUCCCUGCAGGAGUUUUAAUUGCCUUCCAGUAAUUAUGCAGCAUCUCACAGCCCACUUCCAAGUCUCCCCUGAGGGAGGGUUUGUGGGUUGUUUUUUUUUUGUGGUCAUGUUUUCCUGCAAGAGCAGCAGAAGGGAGAAAAGAGCAACAGAAGCAGGAGCCAGGUAGUUGGGUGGGAUUCAGGUUUUCCCAUCGGUACAGCCCUUGGUGUUUCCUCCCCACAGGAGGUCUGUAAGCUCAAUCCACAUCCUCAAGCUUUCCUUCAAAAGGAGGAAAAUAGCUGAAAACCUCUGGAAAAAAAAAAUUCCAGCUCAGCAGCAAGGCUGGGACUGAACUUUGCCUCACAGCCCUUGGUCUCCUGGCCAGGUCUCCUGUCACUGUUAAGUCUUUGGAGGAGGGAAAAAAUAAAAAAGCAGGAGCAGAAAGAGGUUGGAGUGAGGCCAUUUCUCAUUUUCUAUUCCCCACCCCAGCUCCUAAAUGGCUCUGAUAAAACGAUCAGGAGGGUUUUGCACCUUUGCUCUGGCUUCAGCAAAAGAGCUGAGCCCUGGCAGAGCAGAGGAAAGCUCCAUCCUCCAGCACACAGGAGAAAGGACCAGAAGGCCACUUGGCUGAGCUCAGCUCAUCUCCCAAGAUGUCAGGCUGGUGGUCCUGAGCCCUCUGCAAGGCAGGGAAGGUGCAGAUGGAGGGAGAGCAAUGCCCCAGCACAGCCCUUCAGCUCCCCAGCUGGUCACAGACCAGUGCAGAAAGAAGGGAUUUCCUCUGGGCUCUGCCAUCAAGCCAGCAUGAUGGGGAUCUGCUCCCUGGAGCAGGGAAAAAGUGGAAUCCAAGCAGCAGAAAGCCUGGAAAAACAGGCUCACAGGUUGAGCCAGUGCCCUCAGGAGCACUGAGGAAGGAGAGGGUUGGGGUGGUUUGCUGGGGCCCAGGACAGAAGUUGGUAGCUGUGUCUUCUGGAAGGAACUGGCUCUUCUCCCUUCUCUUCUGCACCAAAAGGCAGAGUUUUGGGGUGUUCUAUCUAUUUUUGUAUGUAAAUAUUCCUGCUAUUCAUGAGCAAUGUAUUCAGCACACUUCACUUACCUGUGCACUGCACUACAGGGGAAAGUCAUUUUGGAGGGGGAGGGAAUUAAAGAAAAAGAACAAAAAAAACAAAAAAAAAAGGAAAAGAAAAAGCUGAAGAGGUCAGUCUGGCAGGGGAUCAAAAGUCAAGACCAAGCAGGAAAACAAACACUUCCCACCUGGAUAACCCCAGGCACACCACAGCUUUCUCCUUACUCCGGCAGCAUCAAGUUCAGCUCCUUAGGAUUGCAGCAAAGCUCCAAGAACCUUGGAAUCUCAGCGUUUGCAAUUCCUUGGCUGAGCUGCUUCCCAGCUGCCCCCAGAGCCCAGGGCUGGGUCGGGGACUUGGAGAUUUCUGCCCUGGGCCAGAAAAUAAACGCGGGGGAAAAAAAAACCCGGGCAGCAGCAAAGCUUUGGCCACCAGGGGCUGGAGCUGCCCUAAGGAUGCUCCUGGCAAAGCAGUUCCAGGCAGUGGGGUUUUGGAAGGUGCCUAAAGAUCCCCUCUUCCCAGGCAAGAGAUGCCAAAGUGCUUUAAUCAGGUCCAAAGACUUUGUGAGAGAACCCUACAAAGGCUCGAGAUGAAGCAACCUUAAAAUCUUUCCGAGCAGAGACCAGUGAAGAUGUAAACUGCUCAGCAAGUGCUUCUAGUGAUUUAUAUUUGAACAGGAAUUGUACAUUUAUUUAUUUUUCCAGACACCAUAUUUUUAAACCACUAAUAUUUUAUAGUAGAUUCUCCUUCCCCCUAUUUAAAGAACUAUUUUCCACGGAGAAGAACAGUACGUUUGGUUUGGGUUGUUUUUUUUUUUAUGUUGAGAACAUCCUUUUCAAAAAAAAAAAAGAAAAAAAAAAAAAAAAAAAGAAAAAGGAAAAAAAAAAUAAAUAAAAAGAAGAGGUAGGAAAUGCAGCAGUGAGCAUCUUUGGCCUUAAUCCUUCCCUUUAUAGACAGUAGCCAUAAUUGUUCAAC